GUGACUUGGGAAGUGAAGGACUGAGGCAGCAUUUUAAGGCACUGCAAUGGAGAGCAAGCUAACUCUAACUAUUCUUCUUGGUGUGCUUCUAACAUCAGGCAGCUGGUCUUCUGGAGUGGAGGCAUUCAUAAAACUUCAUUGUCUGUAUGAAAAAAUUCAGGAGGGUCAAUGGGUGAACACGAGUUUUCCUCCACAAAAAGCCUGGCUGGUUGUAGGAAGCAGGCAAGAAGUGUACAAGACCCUUCAAGGACCUACCUUUGUUUUUAAAGAUUCAUCCUUAAAGCUGAUGCCAUUUCUGAAAGCAGAUACAGAGAAGCUGAAUUGUAGGAUCAAAUCUUAUUUCACAGACAACAUUCAGGUGUUAUGGCCGGAUAUCCCCCCCUCUGACGAUACACAGAAUUCUUGGUAUAUUGUCACUGUACAACACACUGAUGGCAAGUUUCAGAUGUCAACAUUCUUCACCAUACUUACCCAGGUGCCAUCAAUGGCAGAGAGAGAUGAUGAAAUACAUCAUACUUUAGCUACAUUUACGAUAAGUACCUAUACUCCUCAUAUCUAUACCAGACUGAAUGACAAUGUAGUUCUGGAUUGUGCUUUCCUGGUUGAUCACAUGGCUGAAGCUUCAGUUACAUGGAAUUUCCAAGGCAAAGGAAGGAGGAACCUAAAACUGCUGUCUUACAAUGGAUCCAAAAAGGAGCUGGAGUAUCACAGUAAGAAGGGUCUGAUACAAGUGGAGGAAAUACAGAAGGGGAUUGCUUCUCUUAGUGUGACCAGUAUGGCUUUGGAAAAGGAAGGACUCUUCACCUGCACUGUGUCCGUAGGAUCUCUCUAUGCUGAACAACAGAUUCACCUUGAGGUCAGAGAAAGCCCAGUGGUGUCUGUAAAUGUGGAAUCGGUGACACUGACAGAGGGAGAGGAGCAGAAGUUUGUCUGUGAUGCCUCAAAUUAUUAUCCUCUUGAUGUCAGUAUUGAAUGGCUACGAGAAAGCCAACAUGGAGGACUUUUGCCAACUUCAGUACAACACAUCGUCUAUAGCAGCCACAGAUACAAUAGUGAUGGCACCUAUAGCAUUUCUUGUUUCUUCUUCUACACUGCAUCCCUGCAGGACAGUGACACCACUUUCACCUGCCGUGUGGAGCAUGAAAGCCUAAGCAUACCAAUAAAAAAGAAAGUGAGCCUUACAGUUGUAGAAAACUAUGGAUGGACCUGGACAUUUCUUCAAGUUAUGAUCGUUAUAUUUAUUUUGAUCAUUAUUUGGGGGUUACCAGUAUUGUGCUCAGGGAUCAACUUCAGAAAGACCAAGCCAUAUUAAAAACUGUUGGAGAACUGAAGGUAAGUGAAGAAAGAAUCUGUUACUGCUAUCUUCAACAAGAAAAUGGAAAAGGUGUGCAACAGAAAGCGGAUUCAAUAGAAGAUUACUAAGUUGGAGAUCCAAGAACUUCAAUUAUGGACAAAUCCACAAGAAGAAUGCCUUUAUUGGAUGACAUGAGGAGAACAUGCCAAUAAGAUGGAUCUUAUUGAGAUAAUAAUCCCUGCAGGCAGGGAAGGCUGCUCACUUUGUAAGAGAAUUUUCCCCAAAUUUCAGUGAUUAAGGUGAAGCUCUGCUGACUUCCAUCAUCGUGUG